AGACAAGUGAACAACACAAGUGAACACAAGCGACAAUGAGCCAUCCACCACCUUUCGGGUUUCCACCUCGUGGUGCACCACCACCCAUGAUGUAUGGUGGCCCGCCUCCGGGGCCGUUCCCACCACCACAGGGGCCGCCGGGGUACCCAAUGCCGCCACCGCCUGGGCCGUAUGGUCCACCGCCAGUGCCACCCGCUGGCCAUGCACCGCCGCCACACGCACAGGCCGACCCUUGGCGCAAAGCCACAGCACCGGAUGGUCGUGAGUACUGGUAUCAUGUGGUGACAAACGAGACACGCUGGGAGCGGCCAGAAGCGGCAAAGCCAGCCACGCCCUGGCGCGAGUACAAGACACCGGAGGGUCGGCCAUACUACUACAACACAGAGACAAAGGAAACUGUGUGGCAGAAGCCAAAGGAGCUUGAGGCGGCCGAGUCAGGAAAGGCGCCGGCGCCGUCAUCAGCAUCGACUACAACAACAACCACGAAAACUGCUGCUGCUGCUGUUACUGCUGCUGCUGCUGGUGGUGGUGGUGGUGGUGGUGAGAAGCAGAAGAAGGAGGAGAAAGGCAGCAAAUCGAGCGAGCCGCGGGAGUAUGCGACGAAGGAGGAGGCGGUGGCGGCGUUUGUUGAGCUGUUGGAGGACAAGGACGUCAGCACCAACUGGAACUGGGACAAGGUGAGCCGGGUGAUUAGUGGGGACGGGCGGUACAUGGCGCUCAAGCGGAUCAGCGAGAAGAAGCACCAGUGGAACAAGUGGAAGCAGGCAAAGGUCGUCCAGGAACGCGAGACAGCGCGUGCGCGGUCGCAGCAGGCGCGGGAGGAGUUUAAGCAGCUGCUCAUGGACAUGCGGGCCGUUGGUCCGCACGCAUCAUAUGACGACGCCCUCCCGCUCUUCAAGCACGAGCCGGCGUACUUUGCCGUCCGAUCAGAACGCGAACGACAGAGCGUGUACGAUGAUGUAGUGAAGUCAAAGCAGCGGGCGGCGCUGAAGACGUUUGAUGACCGCGUGCACGAGAUCAGAUCCGCAUUUCUCGACCUCAUUCGCGCCAUCCCAGGAUUCAACGUUGAGUGGACGUGGGACAAGACGAUGGACUAUCUCGAGGGCGUCGAGCACUUCACCGCAAACGAAAUGUUCAAGGAGGACAUGCUUGCGUGCUUGGAGGCGUUUGAGAAGGAGAUGGAGCGACUGGACAGCGAAUUCCACGCGAAGAUCCGCGAAGAAAAGGACUCAAUGCAGCGCAAGGAGCGCAAGAACAGAGACGCGUUUGUGGCGCUGCUUGAUGAGUUGGAGGAGCACGGGCAGCUGCACGCGGAGACGCUAUGGCGUACCCUCUACCCUGACGUCUGCAAGGAUGCACGGUACCUGGCGCUGUUGGGUCAGCCCGGGAGCACGGCGCUGGAUCUGUUCAAACUCCGACAGGAGAAACUCGUCGACCGCCUCCGUCGCGACCGUCGGACCGUCAGGACUCUCUUCAAGGAGAAGGGAUUUGAGGUGACGGUCAACACAACGGCAGAGCAGUACCUCGAGGCACUCCAGAAUGAGGAGAGCACGGCGGACAUUUCUGCGGUGAACAUGAAGUUCAUCUUUGAGUAUCUGCUCGAAAAGGCCGAAGAGCGCGAGCGCCAAGCAAAGAGAGAGGAGCUGAGGAGGAACAAGCGUGCACUUAAGGAACAACUCGACGCCCUCAAGUCCAAGUUCACGAAAGCGUCACCGUGGUCGGAGGUGAAGCCGCUUGUUGAAGAGGCGGCACCGGACCUGCUGUCCACCAUGGGUGAGGAGGACCACGCACACGUGUACAAGAAGUUUGUGCGCAAGGACCCGUGGAGGAAGGAUGCAAAGGAGAAGGGAUCCAAGAAGGAGAACAAGGACGAAGAUGACAAGGGCUCAGGCUCUUCCUCCUCCUCAUCGUCAUCAUCAUCGUCGGAGAGUGAUGGUGAUGAUGACGACAAGGAGUCCAGGUCGAGCCGGCGCAAGUCGCGUGGAAAGCACGACUCUGAUGAGGAGGACGACCACCACCGCUCAUCGCGCAAGAAGCGCUCAAAGAAGUCCAAGAAGAAGAAGCGACGUCACCGUCACAGCGACCACGACGAUGACGACGAUGCUGACGAUGCUGCUGGUGUUGGCGAUGACAAACACCACCGCCGCCACCGCCGCCACCGCCGCCACACGUCCCGCUCGCGGUCGCGCACCCCAACACGCUCCAAGCGCUAGCAAACCCUUUGUUGUGUGAUGUGUGAUGUGUGUGUGAUGUGACAUGUGUGUGUGUGUGUGUGUGUGUGUGUGAUAUGUGUCCGGUUGUCCGCUUGUGUCCGCUCGCAUGUUUUUUCGCGAUAUCGCCAAACAAAAAGCGACAAAACAAAGAGAAACAUGC